AUCUUCUCUUUUGUUUUAGACAAGGUCAGUAAUCUUUAAAAAAAAGGGGACUCCAAAGGACUAGGCAACAGAAUGGCUUAGGCACAGACACAGCACCAAUGAGCAAAGGAGGACAUGACACACUGGCAUUUCUGACAUAUCUCCCCUCACCCUGACCUUGAGAGACACAAUAAAAGCAAACGAGUUGCCCUAAUGAACCAGUCUACACUUUGUUCAAGAGCCUAACGGUCUGCCAUCUUGAGCCCAGUCUGCGCGAGCCCUCCCAGAUCACUCGCCAUGUCGAUGUUGGAUAUGUCCGAGUUUGGGGAGGCUGCCUCAUACCUGAGGAAGAGCGACAAGGAGCUGCUCGUUCUUCAGACUCUUCCAUUCGACGGGAAGAAGAGGGCCUGGGUUCCAGAUGAAAAGGAGGCCUAUGUAGAAAUAGAAAUCAAAGAAAAUGUUGGUGGCAAAGUCACCGUGGAAACUGUUGAUGGAAGAACUUUCACUGUGAAGGAAGAUGAUAUUCAGCUUAUGAAUCCUCCCAAGUUCGAUAUGAUAGAAGACAUGGCCAUGCUGACUCAUCUCAAUGAGGCCUCAGUGCUUCAAAAUCUUAAACGGCGAUACAGCAACUGGAUGAUCUAUACUUAUUCAGGGCUGUUUUGUGUAACUGUAAACCCCUAUAAGUGGCUUCCAGUCUAUACAGCUCCUGUCGUUGCUGCUUACAAAGGGAAGCGGCGAUCAGAGGCCCCACCUCACAUCUAUUCCAUUGCCGAUAAUGCAUAUAAUGACAUGUUGCGCAAUCGGGAAAACCAGUCUAUGCUUAUUACCGGAGAAUCCGGUGCUGGCAAAACUGUAAACACAAAACGUGUUAUUCAGUAUUUUGCCAUUGUGGCUGCCCUUGGUGAUGCAUCCAGCAAAAAAGGAGGACCUGCCACCAAAACAGGAGGAACAUUAGAAGAUCAAAUUAUUGAAGCAAACCCUGCUAUGGAAGCAUUUGGGAAUGCUAAGACUCUGAGGAAUGACAACUCUUCCCGUUUUGGUAAAUUUAUCAGAAUCCAUUUUGGCCCCACUGGGAAACUGGCUUCUGCUGAUAUUGAUAUUUAUCUACUGGAAAAAUCCAGGGUAAUCUUUCAACAGCCGGGAGAGAGGAGCUACCAUAUUUAUUAUCAAAUUCUCUCUCAAAAGAAGCCAGAACUUCAAGACAUGCUGCUGGUGUCCAAUAAUCCUUUCGACUAUCACUUCUGUUCACAAGGUGUCACCACUGUGGACAAUCUAGAUGAUGGAGAGGAGCUCAUGGCAACUGAUCAUGCCAUGGACAUACUUGGAUUCUCACCAGAAGAAAAAUAUGGCUGCUAUAAAAUAGUUGGUUCCAUAAUGCACUUUGGGAACAUGAAGUUUAAGCAGAAGCAACGUGAAGAGCAGGCAGAAACAGAUGGCACUGAAAGUGCUGACAAAGCUGCUUACUUAAUGGGGUUGAGCUCAGCUGACCUCAUUAAAGGUCUGCUUCACCCACGUGUCAAAGUAGGCAACGAAUAUGUCGUUAAAGGUCAAAAUGUAGAACAGGUAGUUUAUGCUGUAGGAGCUCUUGCCAAAGCUACAUAUGAUCGUAUGUUUAAAUGGCUAGUAAGCCGAAUCAACAAGACCCUAUAUACAUCUCUUCCAAGACAAUUCUUUAUUGGAGUACUGGACAUUGCAGGCUUUGAGAUUUUUGAUUUUAACAGCUUUGAACAGCUUUGUAUCAACUUCACCAAUGAAAAACUGCAACAGUUUUUCAAUCAUCACAUGUUCGUCCUGGAACAGGAGGAAUAUAAAAAAGAAGGCAUUGAUUGGGUCUUCAUUGACUUUGGUUUGGAUUUGCAAGCUUGCAUUGACCUUAUUGAAAAGCCUUUAGGUAUUCUGUCAAUUUUAGAGGAAGAAUGCAUGUUUCCUAAAGCCUCAGAUACCAGUUUUAAGGCAAAGCUAUAUGAUAACCACCUUGGGAAGUCAGCAAACUUUCAAAAGCCAAGACCUGAUAAGAAGCGAAAAUAUGAAGCGCACUUUGAACUUGUUCAUUAUGCUGGUGUAGUACCCUAUAACAUAGUUGGAUGGCUGGAUAAGAACAAGGACCCACUGAAUGAAACAGUCGUUGCGUUGUUUCAGAAAUCAGCUAACAAGUUGUUAGCCUCCUUAUAUGAAAAUUAUGUUGGAUCUGAUUCAGACCCGCCUAAAUCAGGUGUCAAGGAGAAACGCAAGAAGGCAGCCUCUUUUCAGACUGUGUCACAGCUUCAUAAGGAAAACCUGAACAAGCUGAUGACAAAUCUUCGAGCAACCCAACCCCACUUUGUCCGUUGCAUUAUCCCUAAUGAAACCAAGACACCAGGUGCCAUGGACCCUUUCCUUGUACUGCACCAACUUCGCUGUAAUGGGGUGUUGGAAGGAAUUCGCAUUUGCCGUAAGGGCUUCCCGAACAGGAUCCUUUAUGCCGACUUCAAGCAGAGAUAUCGCAUCUUGAAUCCUAGUGCAAUUCCAGAUGAUAAAUUUGUGGACAGUAGGAAAGCCACAGAGAAGCUUUUAGGUUCUCUGGAUAUUGACCAUACGCAGUAUAAAUUUGGGCACACCAAGGUAUUCUUCAAAGCUGGCUUGCUGGGUCAGCUGGAAGAGAUGCGAGAUGAACGUCUUGCCAAAAUUCUGACAAUGAUCCAGGCUAGAAGCAGGGGUCGUCUCAUGAGAAUAGAGUACCAGAAGAUGAUUGAAAGGAGAGAAGCUCUGAUGAUAAUUCAGUGGAAUAUUAGAGCAUUCAAUGCUGUGAAGCACUGGCCCUGGAUGAAGCUCUUUUUCAAGAUUAAGCCACUGCUUAAGAGUGCGGAGACAGAAAAGGAAAUGGCCACUUUGAAGGAGGAAUUCCUGAAGUUGAAGGAAGCACUUGAGAAAUCAGAAGCUAAAAGAAAAGAACUUGAAGAGAAGCAAGUUAGCUUGAUCCAAGAGAAGAAUGAUCUGUCUCUUCAGCUGCAGGCUGAGCAAGACAACCUUGCUGAUGCAGAGGAUCGCUGUGACCUGCUGAUAAAGGCAAAAAUCCAACUAGAAGCCAAAGUGAAGGAGCUCACAGAGCGCCUAGAGGAUGAAGAAGAAAUGAACUCAGAGCUUACUACUAAGAAACGCAAGUUGGAAGAUGAGUGUGCUGAACUUAAGAAAGACAUUGAUGACCUAGAGAUCACCCUGGCCAAAGUGGAAAAAGAAAAGCAUGCCACAGAAAACAAGGUUAAAAACUUAAUUGAAGAGAUGGCAGCACUGGAUGAGAUCAUUGCAAAGCUUACCAAGGAGAAGAAGGCACUCCAAGAGGCCCACCAACAAGCUUUAGAUGAUCUCCAAGCUGAAGAAGAUAAGGUCAACACACUCACCAAGGCAAAAGCAAAGCUGGAGCAGCAGGUUGAUGAUUUGGAAGGCUCUUUAGAACAAGAAAAGAAAAUUAGAAUGGACUUAGAACGGGCAAAACGCAAACUUGAAGGAGAUCUAAAACUAACACAAGAGUCUAUCAUGGAUCUUGAGAAUGACAAGCAGCAACUUGAGGAAAAACUAAAAAAAAAGGACUUUGAGAUGAAUCAGCUAAGUUCAAAGGUGGAGGAUGAACAAGCACUUGUUGCCCAGCUUCAGAAAAAAAUAAAGGAACUGCAAGCCCGCAUUGAAGAGCUUGAAGAAGAGCUUGAAGCAGAGCGAGCAGCUCGUGCAAAAGUGGAGAAGCAGCGAUCUGAUGUGGCUCGGGAGCUGGAGGAACUCAGUGAGAGACUGGAGGAGGCUGGUGGUGCCACAGUAGCCCAGAUUGAGAUGAACAAGAAACGUGAGGCAGAAUUUCUUAAACUGAGGAGGGAUCUAGAAGAAGCUACACUUCAUCAUGAAGCCACAGCUGCUACACUGCGAAAGAAGCAUCAUGAUAGUGUUGCUGAGCUUACAGAGCAGAUAGACAACUUGCAAAGGGUAAAGCAGAAAUUAGAGAAGGAGAAAAGUGAAAUGAAGAUGGAGGUAGACGAUUUGGCAUCAACUAUUGAGCAACUCACCAAGUCCAAAGGCAAUGCUGAGAAGAUGAGCAGAACAUAUGAAGAUCAGCUGAAUGAAUCUAAAUCCAAAGUUGAGGAACUCCAAAGGCAGCUAAAUGAUGUUACAUCUCAGAGAGCACGAAUCCAGACAGAAAAUGGGGAGCUGAGCAGAAAGUUAGAGGAACGUGAAUCGCUCAUUUCUCAACUAAGUCGCAGUAAGACCUCUUUCACUCAGUCCAUCGAUGAACUGAAGAGACAAUUAGAAGAAGAAUCUAAGGCUAAGAAUGCACUAGCCCAUGCUCUGCAGGCCUCUCGCCAUGACUGUGAUUUGUUGAGGGAGCAGUAUGAAGAAGAGCAGGAAGCAAAGUCAGAGCUACAGCGUGCUCUCUCCAAAGCAAAUGUAGAAGUAGCACAGUGGAGGAACAAGUAUGAGACCGAGGCCAUUCAGAGGACUGAAGAGCUGGAAGAGGCCAAGAAAAAACUAGCAAUCCGUCUACAAGAAGCAGAAGAAGGCGUGGAAGCGGCAAAUGCUAAGUGUUCGUCAUUAGAGAAGACAAAGCAUCGCCUGCAAACAGAGAUUGAAGAUCUGGUAGUGGAUCUGGAGAGAGCUAACUCAGCAGCAGCUGCUCUUGACAAGAAGCAAAGAAACUUUGACAAGGUCUUAUCAGAGUGGAAGCAAAAGUAUGAAGAAGCUCAGGCUGAGUUGGAAGCUUCACAGAAGGAGGCUCGUGGCUUAAGUACUGAGCUCUUUAAACUUAAGAAUGCAUAUGAGGAGUCUCUUGAUCACUUAGAGACGCUCAAAAGAGAAAACAAAAACCUGCAAGAGGAGAUCUCAGAUCUGACGGAUCAGAUUGGAGAAGGUGGGAAAUUGAUUCAUGAGCUUGAAAAGAUGAAGAAGGCACUGGAGACUGAAAAGAGUGAGAUUCAAGCAGCCCUGGAGGAGGCUGAGGGUGCUCUUGAGCAUGAAGAGAGCAAAACUCUCAGAAUUCAACUGGAGCUCAAUCAAAUCAAAGCAGAUAUUGACAGAAAGCUGGCUGAAAAGGAUGAGGAAAUCGACAAUCUCAGGCGAAACCACCAGCGUGCCUUAGAUUCAAUGCAAGCAACUCUGGAUGCAGAGGCCAAGUCGCGCAAUGAGGCACUGCGUCUGAAGAAGAAAAUGGAAGGAGACUUAAAUGAAAUGGAGAUCCAGCUCAAUCAUGCCAAUAGGCAGGCCACUGAAUCCCAGAAACUAGUCAGGCAAUUACAAGCUCAGAUAAAGGAUGUCCAAAUUGAGUUGGAUGACUUAAUCCACCGUAAUGACGACCUAAAAGAGCAGGCGGCUGCAGUAGAACGCAGGAAUAACCUGCUCAUGGCAGAGGUGGAGGAGCUGAGAGCCAGUUUAGAGCAGACAGAACGGGGGCGCAAACUUGCCGAGCAAGAACUGCUUGAGGCCACAGAGAGAGUCAACCUUCUUCACUCACAGAACACCGGACUGAUUAACCAGAAAAAGAAGUUGGAAAGUGACAUUGCACAGCUGUCAUCAGAAGUUGACGAUGCUGUACAAGAGUGCCGCAAUGCUGAAGACAAGGCAAAGAAAGCUAUAACUGAUGCAGCAAUGAUGGCAGAGGAGCUAAAGAAAGAGCAAGACACCAGUGCUCACUUGGAGAGGAUGAAGAAAAACAUGGAACAAACCAUCAAGGACCUGCAGAUGCGCCUAGAUGAGGCAGAGCAAAUUGCACUUAAAGGAGGCAAAAAGCAAAUCCAGAAACUGGAGAGCAGAGUUAGGGAACUGGAGAAUGAACUGGAAUCUGAACAGAAGAGGAGCAAUGAGUACCAAAAAGGUGUUCGCAAAUAUGAAAGAAGAAUUAAAGAGCUCAGCUAUCAGAAUGAAGAGGACAGGAAGAAUUUAGCCCGCAUGCAGGACCUGAUUGAUAAAUUGCAAGCCAAGGUGAAGAGCUACAAGAGGCAGGCUGAAGAGGCGGAGGAGCAGGCAAACUCCAAUUUACUGAAGUACAGGAAGAUACAGCAUGAACUGGAUGAUGCUGAAGAGCGGGCGGACACUGCAGAGACACAAGUGAACAAACUCCGCAGCCGCACACGUGAACAAGGAGGCAAGCAUGAAGAAUGAAGAGAAGAUCAAAAUUGCACUUCUCUGGCCUCUUCAAGUUGGUGACUCCAUCCUGGUACGCUGCAACAGACGUAUCAGUGAUACCCUAACCGCAAAAUAAAAGCAAGCAAAGAUGAACA